AUGUUGGGUUUUGUCAAUGAGAACAGGCACUGGACUGGUGUCAGUUACCAGUUUGGGGCACCCUCACAGCUCUUCCAGGUCGACCAGGUGACGAGUGAGCUGGUGUCAAUCGCGGAGCUCGACGCGGAGAAGUUAUGUGCCCUAGCCAGCCGCAAGGAACCCGACUCCUCCCAAAACGCAUGGUCAGAAAAUGUGUUUUACCCUGGGCGACCAAGUUUCUUAUCGUUCCCCGAGUCCGUAGAUUUCACCCAACCCAUUAUCUCGGAGUGGACUGCAGGCUCCAUUAAGUGUUCCUCACCACCUCCCCCCUACAUUCUGGACUCUCAACAGUUUGCUCCAGAGGCUCUCAGAACCCCACGACUGCCGCCGCCGUCGCCAUCGCACGACAGGCGGACAGAGCUGCUGAUUAAUUUCAGGGCUAAAAUACCGCAGGGGCAUCUAGUCACCUGCUACUCGGAUGAAGAAGAAGAGGAAGCAGAUGAAGAUCAUGGUAGUGGUGUUGUUGUUGUUGUUGAUGAUGAUGAUGAUGAUGAUGAUGAUGAUGAU